AGUAUGUACCAGUUUACAUUAAAUAAUAAUAAUAAUGAGUAUAAUGCUAUCACCACCAACCACCAACCACUGCUAGCCGCUAGUGAAUUGUAGCGCGCGUGAGUAAAAGAUCCCAUGGCGAUGCACGUAUCGUAUAACCUGCCAUAACCGUGUAACGCUUCAGUAUAAACAGGUACAUCGGCUCUUUAAUACAGACAAUUAAGUUAACUGGCUGACGAUUCGGACGCAUUCGCAUAAUGUUAAUGUUUUGUCCCACUUGUGGUAACGUGCUUCGGGUCGAGGAAGCUCUGCAUUGCUUACGUUUUGCGUGUAACACGUGCCCAUACAUAUUCAACAUCGUAAGAAAAGUGAGCAGUCGCACAUAUCCCAAGUUGAAAGAGCUCGACGACGUGCUAGGCGGAAGUGCGGCCUGGGAGAACGUCGACUCGACGGACGAACGUUGUCCGAAGUGUUCGAAUUCGCGAGCGUAUUUCAUGCAGAUUCAAACCAGAUCCGCCGACGAGCCGAUGACUACGUUUUACAAAUGCUGCAAUCCUCAAUGUGGUCACAAUUGGCGCGACUAAAGUUUCGUUCCUUGCCGUUCGUUGUUGGAAACAGAACUGUGACGAGUGCAAAACAUUUGGGACCGAUGAGCGCAUUUCUGGACGGAGCCGCGAU